AUGUCUAAACUUACUACCAAAUUUGAAACCCAUGAAACAAACGUCAAGACUCUUACUGGUAGUUUGGAAAAGAAGCUUGAAACUAUAGAAAAGAGGUUAGUUUUCCAAGGAGAUUAUGUAAACAAAUUAUUGAAACACACUGGUUUAGAAAAGGAAGACAUACCUGAUUUAGUCGAUGAUACAGAUAGACAAACGAAAACAAAAGGUUAUAUUCACAAAAACUUUGCAACAGUAACUAUCAACAGUGAUGACGAAGACAAAAACGAAGAUGUCCAAGAACAACAAUGGAUAGAAGAAAGACGAUUAAAGUCUAAUACGAAUCCUUAUGGAAACCUUCCAGAAUAUAAAUUAAAGGCUGAUGUACCUAACUUUAAUGGUGGGUUACAUAUUGAGGAUUUGUUGGAUUGGUUAUAUGAAGUAGAAUCGUUUUUCAUUUUUAUGGAAGUCCCUGAUUCUUCUAAGGUGAAACUGGUAGCAUAUAAACUUAAAGGUGGAGCUGCAGCUUGGUGGGAAACUCUCUGUGAUAAUCGACGUAAGUAUCACAAACCUCCUAUACGAACUUGGAAGAGAAUGCUAGACUUAUUAAGAGCUAAGUUUUUACCACAAGAUUAUAAACAACAGUUGUUUCUCAAACUUCAAAACUGUCGACAAGGAGCUAGACUAGUAAAAGAAUAUGUAGCUGAAUUAUAUGCAUUAAUUGCUCGCAACAGAUUGAAUGAAACUGAAGAACAUUUGGUUGCAUGUAUUAUAGAUGGAUUGAACAACCUAAUUCAACAGGGAAUGACACAAUACGUAUUUACAAUGGUUGAAGCUAUUCAACAAGCUAUUAAGAUUGAAAGGCGUGUACUAAAUUCUUCUAGACAAACAACUCCACGAAAAGCUCGUUAUCAACAUUUUUAUAAAGCUGCCAGACCAUCAAAUUCUUAUUAUGGUAACCAGGGUGAAAGGGGAUCAACAAUGGUUGUUGAUCCACAAGAAUUCAGUUUUGGUUCACAACAACAACCACAACAUCAACCUAAACCAACAAGUGUCGGAUUUUCUAAUAGGAUGCAGAAUCAGUUUCCUCCUCCAAAUAAGCCAACUAAUAUUUAUUCGAAAUUUCGUGGAGAUAAAUGCAAUCAACCUGGUCAUUCUUCCUCUGAUUGUCGUCGAUUUAAUGGUUUCAUUGGAGAUAAUCAAGUACAUACUGAAUCAAAGGAUGUUAAAGUUUUUGAUGAUGAUGAAGGUGACGAAGAUGAAAAUAUUGAAUUACAUAAGACUUAUGGUGAACACUUUGUUGGAAUGAUUCGAACACUCAUGCUUACUGAACCAUGUUAUUCUCAAAGACAUAAUAUUUUCAAAACCAAGUGCUUUAUUGGUGGAAAAUUUUGUGAUAUGAUCAUUGACAGUGGCAGUGUCGACAAUUACAUUGCAUCUGUUGUUGUAGAGAAAAUGGGAUUACCAACUACACCACAUCCUACUCCUUAUUUUGUAGGUUGGGUGAAUAGUUCCUCUACACAAAGAAUUACUCAUCAGUGUGUUAUUAAGUUUUCUUUUGUUGGAUAUGAAGAAUCUGUGCUAUGUGAUGUUAUCGAUAUGACUGCAACACAUCUCCUACUUGGAAGACCAUGGCAGUAUGACGUUAGAGCAGUUCAUAACUAUUUUGAUAAUACUUAUACCUUUUAUAAAGAUGUAAAAGAGUGA